GCGCGGGGCGAGGAAUGGGGGUCGCGCGGGCGCGGGCGCCGUGCGCGCGCAGCGGGGGGCGGGGCGACACUGACCCCGCCCCCUCGGGCGCCAAUCCGCGGCGGCGUGGAGGGGCGGCCGGGCCCCUGGCCUCUAUUUACUCUUUCAAUCAGUGCGAGUGUUUGCCCCUGGCCGGCGUGCACGCGCGGGUGAUGCGCUAGCCAUGAUCUCGCAGAAGCUGUCGUACGGCGACGUGCCGACGUCCGCGUCGCUGAGCUCGCUGUCGCCGGGCCUCGCGCCGCCUUACGUGAACAGCAUGGGCUGCAUGCCAGCCCAGCCUUACCCGAACCUGUACUCCAACAACAUGGUGGCCGGCGGCUCGUGCAUGGGAUCCCCGGGCGUGGGCUACUCGCCCCCCAGCACCAUGGCGUCCUGCAUGGGCGGCGCCGGCGGCGUGCCCUACGGGUCCCUACCAAGAGAACAGGAGGCCGCCUCGCCGACCUCGGCGCUCCAGCGAGCGCGGAACGACAAAACCUAUCGCCGCUCAUACACGCACGCGAAGCCGCCCUACUCCUACAUCUCGCUCAUCACUAUGGCCAUCCAGAACAACCCGACACGAAUGCUGACGCUCUCGGAAAUCUACCAGUUCAUCAUGGAUUUAUUCCCGUUCUACAGACAAAACCAGCAGCGCUGGCAGAACUCCAUUCGGCAUUCGUUAUCUUUCAACGACUGCUUCGUAAAAGUUCCGCGGACACCCGACAAGCCCGGGAAAGGGUCGUUCUGGACGUUGCAUCCAGACAGCGGGAACAUGUUUGAGAACGGUUGUUUCCUCCGUCGCCAAAAGCGAUUUAAGGAUGAAAAGAAGGAGGUGAUUAGACAAGCGCAGAAAGCGACGCACGGGCACGGACACCACGGAGGGCACGAGAAGAGAGAUCACCAUGAUAAGGGCGGGGAGCUCCGCGCGGCCGGCGGCGGCGUCGGUGACGACAAGGAGAUGCGUGACGAGCUUCUCGCUCAGCUUCACGCCGCGCCCGAGUUGUGCCUGCCCGAGCACACGCCGCUAGCGCUCGAGCACUACGCGCAGCUGAAGCAGGAGCCGCCCGGGUACGCGCCCGCGCCGCAUCCCUUCAGCAUCACGCGGCUGCUGCCCGGCGCCGACACCAAGUCCGACCUGAAGAUGUACGACGUGAACUACGGGUACGGGCACUCGGCGGAGAACUACUACCAGUCGUCGCUGUACCACCACCACCACGCGCACGCGCAGCCGCCCUUGUGACAGUAUCCGCUGGCGUAGGCCCGCCGCGGCCCCUGGCCCGGCGCCGACGCCGCGCUCUAACCGCGCAAGUAAGUCAACGGACUCGGCACUAAAAUCUCAUUAAAUUAUUGAUAUUGGACUCCUGAGUGAGCGUGAUUUGUGUUCUGGUGAUAUUCUAAGACGGUUUGUGUAAAUACGCUAUUUUGUCCAAGCCUAAGUAUCGUUAUAGAAGCGUCGCGUUGUCGCGUUAGGCCUAACUGUGGAACUUGCGAAAGUGUCCUUUAAAGUCCUUCUAAGCGUCUCCGUCGGCUCUUUUGAAUCAAUUUUCAAUAUCAUUAAAAUGAGUGUUCGUUGAGCUUUUUGAUAAGUUGUACGGUAACUGAAAUGAGUUGAAAUAGAGCUAAUCAGUUGCAUUAGACGAUCGAUACGUUAUCUACAAAGCUAUAUCAGUGUCGCCCGUUGCCGUUGUACUCGUUGAACUCUUUUGUAUGUAAACUCAAGUACGUCGCAGUAAAUAUCAUUUAACGCUAAUUUAAAUGCCAGAAAAAACAUUUUUACCCAAUCCUUCCAAAUCGCAUUAAAUUACGUCGCAUAAAAUAUCUCAAUUUUAUUAAAAUUAACAUCAAAAUGACAAUUGUGUGCAAAUUUAGUGUUCCGGACAAAACUUUGUUCACGAAGUAUUUGCGUGAUCACUUAUAUCUUGCAAAUCAGUUAAAUGUGUUGUAUAUUGUAUAAACGUUCAUUUCAAAUAAUGCAACAUUUUUAUAACAUCAAAUUACUAAAUUCAUUUAUAAACCAAACGAAGAUAAAGUAAAUUUAAAUCACUCUUAAUUGCUGGGGUUCAGUAAAAAUAUGCCUCUUUCAUGGAUAAUGAAAUAAGCAUCGCGUAGGCUAAUUAGUUCUACAUACCUAUAAUAAUAAUAUCUCAACUAGACAUAUACUUAAAAAAAAACAUUAUUGAAAAAAAAGAAAUCCAUGACAGUCAUGGAACAUAUGUUAUCAAUUAUUGUAAUUAAUUUAUUCAAAAGAGUCUAUGGAGAAGACAACAGAAGUGACGUCAUAUCGAGGACCGACGAACUGUGCAAUGUCGUUAAUGUAAAAUGUGUAUAAUAUACGUUAGAUAGGUGAAAUGGAAUUACCGUUCUGUCGACCAUCGCAUAGUCUAGAUAAGUUUUGUAUAUAUAGCUCUAAGGUAAAUAUAUAUGACUUUAAAUAAUGGUGUUUGGUGUAAGAUAGGUACCUAUCCAGGCUUCUGCACUACAUUACAAUAUUUAUUUAUAUGCAAGUGUCAAUUUAGCAUUUUUUUUAAAUACCAAGUAGCUUAGCAAGCGUUGCCGUUUUAAAAAAAAGUUUCUCAUAGUUCUAAUGUCCCCCUUAGUAUCAUUGUCGCGUAUAUAUUGUUUCAUGUACAUAUUUUUACACCCCCUAUAACUAUUAAUAUAGACUCUCCAAUUUUAAAACUCAACUAUCGAUAGACGAACCUAUAGUUUCAAAGACAAUUAAAUAAUUUACACUUCAUAUGACGGCAUCAUUAUGAAUAAAAAUCAGAUUUGACAGUAUUGGGAGAAUGCCGCUAGCCUUGGGCUCGUCUGACCUUAUAGUCAAGUGGUAAAAACCUCAAGUUUUUUUCAACAAAAUUCGUAUGUGAAUCGGCGGCUUAAUGUGAUAUUUCUAGAUUGUCAUGUUUCUGUGAUAUCACGGCCUUUAUUACGUAUAGCACUUGGAAUUUGAAUCGGAGUGAAGAAUUCUCAUUUUGUUUAUAGUGAUUUAUCUCAAUUUGAUUACAUUCGAUGUUUUACUGUCAAGUGCUGUCACAAUAAUACUGCAAAAGAAUUUUCGCGGGUCAGUUAAAUUUUUUAGAUUAUUAUUUUAUUUUUAUGUUGAUUUUUCUCUGUUGGUAUUUUUUUUUUCUUUUAUCUUUUAUUAAGAAUAAAAUUUAAAUUAUUGAAAUAUAUUCAUUUAUAAAUUCUCAGUCUAAAUUCAUGGAUUUUACAAAAAUCUAUGACAUAAAAUUAUAUUGCGUACCUGCGCAGCUUGAAUUACUUAAUUAAUGUAAUUAUGAAGCCUAAAAUAUGAUUACUGACAGGUUAUUAAAUUUAGUGGUAUAAAUAAAAUUUUAAAAGAAUUCAUACGAUGUUCCGUAUAAUCAAAGUAAAUAAUUACUCGCAAAUAUUACCAAGAUUAAUAAAAUUUGAACAUACAGUUCGUAAGUAAAUACAGUUAUUUCAAUAUUAUUUUACCACUUAUAUAUGUUAUGGAUUUAUUUCACAUUAAUGGAAAAUAACAUGUUAUACAACAUUCUUCAGUUAUAAACAUUAUAAACAUAUUGUCAACGCUUGCUAAGCUAUAAAUAAUAUUUUAAUCAUAUUAGUUAUAAUAUUAUAGUGAUGCUAAAUUAAUUCUUGAUCUUAUAAAUACAUAUUAAUGCCAUACUCGAAUCUUGAUAGGCUACUUAUAUUAUCAUCUGUUAGUUUCAGAGUUAAUAAAAUUAAGUAUUUACAAUAA